GGACUUUAGCCGAUGAAGAUUUCAAGAUAAUUCUCAGUGCUCCAUCAUACUCUUCUCCCCUGUACUUCUCUGUUCCCUCAUAGCUUCAAGCUCCUUCCUAGCUUCAGAUCAAUGGCGACCAUCACAAAUUUCGUAGCCAAACCACCUCUAUCUCUAUCUGAUUCAACCCCAAAAACCAGCUCUCUUUACCGCCACCACCGUUCCUUCUCAUCCUUGGUCACCAAACUCAGACCUCUAGCAACAAAGCUAGAAGCCAAACAAGCCCGCUUCAACCUGACCACAAAGGCCACGGCCGCCCCGAAAACUAAGAAAGUACAAAGCGAUGAAAGAGUAGUACGAGUCCACAGCAUAUCGGAAUUCGAUGAAGCGCUUCAGUCGGCAAAGAACAAGCUCGUGGUGGUCGAAUUCGCCGCCAGCCACAGCGCCAAUAGCAAGAAAAUGUACCCCUUUAUGGUUGAUCUCAGCCGCACGUGCGCCGACGUGGAGUUCCUGUUGGUGAUGGGAGACGAAAACGAGAAGACGAGGGAGUUAUGCAGGAGAGAGAAGAUCGAGAAGGUUCCGCACUUCAGCUUUUACAAGAGCACGGUGAAGAUUCACGAGGAGGAAGGCAUCGACGGGGACCGGCUCGUCGGAGACGUGUUGUAUUACGGGGACAACCACUCGGCGGUGGUGCAGCUGCAUAACAGGGAAGACGUUGAGAAGUUGAUUCAAGAACACAAGGAGGAUCAUAAGCUCAUUGUGCUUGACGUGGGGCUUAAGCAUUGCGGGCCGUGCGUGAAGGUGUAUCCGACGGUGGUGAAGCUGUCGAGGAAGAUGGAGGACACCGUGGUGUUUGCGAGAAUGAACGGAGACGAGAACGAGAGCUGUAUGCAGUUUCUGAAAGACAUGGAGGUGGUGGAGGUGCCGACGUUCUUGUUCAUUAGGGAUGGUGAGAUUUGCGGAAGGUAUGUGGGUUCUGGAAAGGGUGAGCUUAUUGGUGAGAUUCUGAGAUACCAAGGAGUGCGUGUCACUUACUAAGUUUUAGUUUGAAUUAAUUAGCAAAACUACAUCUAUAAAUUAAGUUUGGUCUAUCAUCUAGGAAUUGUGACCAUAUAGAUAAACAGUUUAUGAGAAUUCAAUUUUUCAGUUGAUGUACAAGUGUAGUCUACUGGCUUUGCAUGACAUUACCUUCAGGAUCCUUACCUUCAUGUCCAAAUCCACCUACGUCCAUCAGGGGCUCUUCCAAAAUCCUCCUCUGUAUUCAGGGUCUUGUCCAAAUCAAAAGUCAUAUGCUAUACGAAAAUUAUUAAAAACUGGGUUGAAUAAACAACAAAGACAUCCGAGGAGUAGCCGUCUGUUCUAGAAAAGCAUGGGCUUAUUGAAUUUGUCAGGUAAUAUAAGGAUGUGAACU